UCAAGAGUAUCUUAUGAUUUCCACAACGGAUCACUUCAUUGAAGUCAUGGUCUCACAAAGGAUGGCAAUCUUUGCUCUAGGGUUUGCUGCUCUUUUUGGAUAUUCUUUGUGUGCUUCAGUAGAAGUCAAUCAAUGCGUAACACAUUUGGAUGACGUGAUUGCACAGACAAAUUUUGACAUCAAACAGUUCGCCGGAGUAUGGUAUACUUACGCAGGUACUACUUAUGUGUAUGGCGAGAACACGUGGGAUUCCAUGAUAAAUAUUAUAUAUGCCAAUGAAGAUGGGUCCAUCACCAGGGUCAUUACAGGACAUUCAAAAUAUAAAGACAAAUGUGUCGUACAUCCUAGCGUUAUGACAAAAGAUGACACAGCAGAAUAUUCCGGAGCUCUGAUGCAGGGAACAAUAAAAUAUAAAAUUAUGUUUACUGACUACAGUUCUGCAGCCAUGUUUUUCUGUUUUGAUGUCCAAGCUGAUGGCACAUGUGCACAUGAAAAGGAACAAAUUGAAAUUUGGUCACGCUCAACAGAUGAGAUGACAACAGAUAUUAUGAACAAUCUGCUUUCAUACUUUGGAGGAAUUGAAUGUACUGACGUGAAAGACAUGAAAACUACGGUACAAGGUCACUGUGAAACUCCUUCAUCAUCGGAACCAGUUAAACCAGAAGGUGGCUGUUAUUUCGCUCCUAAUGAACAGCAUGUUGCUCUUUCUGAAGAACGGCCAACUGGUGACUUUUUCUCUAUGUAUGUUGCUGUAGCCGAAGGGGAAGAGCCUAUUAUGUCAACUUAUAAAUUCACUGUAAGCCAAAACGAUAAUAUCUUGUAUGUAACGAGCUCCACUCGAAGGGAUAAUGUUUGCUCAGAAAUAGAGUUGGGGAAAUAUUUUAGAAUUUCCGAAGGUCAUUAUUUGCAGAUAGGCAGUUCUAUUCCAAGGGAAAUUUGGAUAGCUGAAAUCGAAAAAGGUGUCAUUGGGUUAUUCAUAUGCUAUGAGAGGAAAGGAGGAAAAUGUACAAAAAGUCGAGUACAACGUCUUGUUAAAGACAUCAAACCUAUUACUUUGGAUGUCCUAAAGAAAUUAGAGGACAGGCUUGCUGAUCACUUUUGCACAAAAUAUGACAUAUGUGUUGGUCAAAAUGCAGAGUCAUGCAGAAUCCCAGAUCUUAUCAACAGUCUCAUUUCGUUCAGUGACACGAUGCUUUAUACCAAAGAAUCCAUACCUCACCAUAUAACAUCAAGACUUGCAAGAAUGCAAAUUGGAUCUUGUCAACUCAGCAGUAUACCGGUUGAAGAGUCUCUUCAAUUAUCUCAGCUAUCAGGACUAUGGUAUGAACUAGCAAGACCAAUGAAUGUUGCAAACCAAUUUGAGUCUGCUGUGGUUUAUUUCCAAUAUCAAGAAGAUGGUACAUUACAUAGUACAUAUUCAGGAGCAAUAAAUGACAAAUGCAGUCCUGCAAUUUCAAGCCAUACCAAGCAUUUAAAAGGCAGUGCACAUGAUGCAGAAAUGAUGGCGAAAUUACAUGGACCAGACGAGGUGUUUAUUUGGAUGGAUUACAAAAUAGUCUAUUAUGAUGGUACAUACUCUGUACACUAUGGAUGCUUCGGAACUGACGAUAAUGGUAACUGUAAGCAUGCAGAGGCAAGUCUGUAUGGUAGAAAGCGGACGAUAGAUGAAGCAACAAAGGAAAGAAUUUUGUCACUAUUCCCGUCUUUGUGUUUAUCAACUGACUUCCUACAAGACACAGUACACCAUGUUGAUUGUAGUGAUUGGGUUAUACCACAGACAGAUCGUAGAAUAAAUAAUGGGUACUGCAAUGUAAAGGACAUUCCUGCACAGAAAGUUGUUAGUUUGAAACAGAUGGCAGGUAGCUGGUAUGUGAUUGCUGGUACAAACCCUAUGUUCCAUCGAUUUGAUAUGAGGCUACAUGAAGACAUUCUCAUAACAGAAGGCUUUGGACGAAAGGACGGAGUAUGCACCUCGCUUUUCACAAACACUGGAACUAGUGUUUUGCAUAACAAUAAUGGGGAGAUUUUAAUCUCAUUUCAAAACCAAAACUAUAGAGGAUACUUUACAGGUAAAAUAAUUUACACCGAUUACCAAGUGGCAAUAUUAUACCUGUGUGCAGAUGAGACAAUACAGGGUGAAUGUUUGCAGUACAGAGUCAGUAUACUCAGUAGAACACAGACUCUUGACUCAAUGGGACGUUCAUUAUUAGACGCAAAACUCAAAUUACCAUGUGGAGAUCUAUCCGCGAACCUAACACAAAUAACAGAUCAUUGUGAAAAGGACCAGAGUUGUCUUAUUGAUGACAUACCGGCAGUGGAAAAUAUUGAUAUUCGAAAGAUUUUAGGUUUAUGGUAUGAUAUUAUGAGUAUGAACAGGUUUAAUAAUAGUGAUUCCGCUACAUUAAAGUUCAGCUUAGAUGAAGAUGGACAUAUCAAUCUUAAGCUUACUAAAUUGCAGUCAGAUGGAACAUGCGUUCAGCCACCAUAUUAUACUAACAUGAAAAGACAAAAUGAGAAUGGUGAUUUCCUAGCAACAACACUUUCUAAUUUCAAUAAACCAGGAUUCCAUCCAUUUAAAAUACUGUUUACUGACUAUGAUACUACAAUGGUAACAUACAUAUGUACAGACAUUCAGGAGGAUGGACAAUGUAGUGAAAAAGGAAAACGUUUGUCAAUUUUAUCAAGAACUCAAUCUAUGACACCAGAGACUAGAGCUAGUGUUUUAAGAUUUGUGGACCUAGCAUGUGUAGACAGAAAUGUCAUGAUUGAAGUAAAACACGAAGUGGACUGUUCAUCAUUUUAAUGACAAUAAUUGGAGCUUUAGACUUUAUUCUUCCAAUAUACGUGUAUGUUAUCCACAAUGUUAACACACUGUUGGCGAUAAAUUGAAUAUCUGAUAUUUUGAGUAAAUAAUUUGAAAGAACUAGCAAUUUGAAUGUAAAGUUCUUUAAAACAAAAAACUUGCUUUUUACGAUAUUUAUUGUAAGAUUCAUUGUAUUGUUAAUGUACAUUUUUUGUGUUUUCGUGUUAGGAAAAGAGGAAUUAAACAUUUAUUUUCAAGUAUGUUGUAUCUUUUAUUUGAUUAUAAUUAUGAAUGUGUUAAAGGUACAGGACUCUUAUUCCUUGUAAAAUCUGAACGAGGGAUACUCGAAGUCUAAAGUUAAAGAAUUAUUAAACUUAAAAAUUGG